CCGAAACAUAAGUAAAAGAAAAUGUUCAAAUUAUCGGAGCUGGUGCGCUGGCUGGGGCUAACCGAGUUCGAGAUAUUGGUUAAUCUGUGCGGCCUGCUCGUGUUUACCAUAACGCUGGUCUUUAAGAUAUCGGGCACAUUUAACAAUAUAAUGCCGGAGCUAAUGUGCGACUGGUUUAGCAUAUUCAGUCCAUUGUUCUUCAUCGAUAUAUGCAAUGCAUAUUUUUGCGUUAUUGUUGGCAUACGCAUGUACCUGGACUCGGAUAACAAACGGAAGGCGCUGCAUCGUUUCAUGUGGAGCACAUAUUUCCUUGUACUUAUCGCCAUCUUCAAGUAUUUGCUGUGCCUCAAGCUAUCCGGCAAAACGGGCCUCGAGUACAGCGAAGUUUUCUCGCCCAUUUUCGUGCUGCUGCAGCUUGUUGCGGUUCGUGCCUGCCAGCUGCCCAACUCUAUUUAAAAUCAUCUAAUCUACAUUGUAAACCCCCUCCU